UUGGAGUCCUGGCAUUUACUUGUCACAGGUAGAUUUGCCUCAGCAUUUGACACCAAUCCUUUGAAAAAUUGUUCUCACAAUGCACUUUGAACUGGCUCUGGAAAAUAUUGUCAAAGUUCUACUUCUGCAGUGAUUUGUAUUGACAAUUAUGUAAUUUAUAUAUUUAAUAAUGAAUAAUUCCGUCUGAUAUUCAUUAUUGUAUUUCUUGAAAUGAAAAUAGUACAAUCGUUCUCCUUCAUCCCUGCUGACCGCCAGAGGGCGUGGCUGAACGCAGUGAAUGAUUCCUGUGAAAAACUACAUCUCCCGUGUUUCUUAUAGGAGAAAUGAUAACGCUACGGUCCCACUGUUGUUGUUGUUUUAUUUUUCAUUCAUGUCAAAAUAUAAAUUGAAUUGUAUAAGAGAAACAUUUUUAUCUUAAAAGCGAGGUUGUAAUUUGGGCUACACCGGUGUGAUUGGGUUGGAGACUGUGUUUCCCAUCAUGCAAUGCUGGCCGGAAAUUCAAAAGAUAAAGACUGACCAAGAUGGAACAUUGUUCUCUUUGUGCGCGUCUUGUUUUUUUCCCUCGAUUUCAGUCACUUAACUAAAACGAAGCCUCGACUAGGUGUCCGGCAUUAGCCACAUUACGGAAUCAAACAUCAGUCUUCAAGUCUCAGCACUCGUUGAAGGUUUGCGACCUACUUUAGCCUAGCCUAGCUGGCUAACCGCUGUACAAAGCUGCAAGUAACGUCGUCAAGCGUUCAGAAAAUGUCUGGGAGAAGGACAGCGGCUGCAGUAAAGUUCUAGGAGGAACUUUGUGGAGUAGAAGAGGAGCCCCCACGUCACCAGGACUCGACUGUGUGCAAAAUAAUGCACGCAAAGGUUGUUCUUCACAGACUAGAAGGUUUCAGAAAAUAUCUUGUUGAUGAGCGGCAUGACCCAGAAUCUUCUGGCGUUAAAGAGGAUGUUGAGCUCCCCAGAAUCAAAGAGGAGGAGCCAGAGCCCUGUCAACAAAAGGAGAGAGAAGAGCAACUUCCAAUCAAAAAAGAAGAGGAGGAGCUGCCAUGCGAUAAAGAGGAGGAAGGUAUCACCUGGUGGACUGGUGAACCCUUGAAGAGUGAAGAUGGUCUGAGUGAGACCAGCAGAGGGGCGGAGCUUCCAAGCGGCGCCAGCAGCAGCUCAAUGCAAGGAUUGCAAGCAAACAUUUUCAUUGCUGUAUCAGACGGAAAUGGCGCAACGUCACACUCACCUUCCAAUGAUGUCGGUCAUAAGACAUCUCACAGUGACAGCAAACUCUGCAAAUGCUCUCAGUGUGGCAAAACCUUUGCUAAUAAGUAUACUUGUCGUAUGCAUAUGAGGAAGCACACUAGCGAAAAACCUUUUGUCUGCUCAGUUUGUGGUCAAAGAUUCACGAGGCAGGGAUCCUUAAAACGACACACGAAAACCCAUGCUGGUGAAAAAACAUCUUCCUGCUCAGUUUGUGGUCAAGGAUUCAGUUGCAAGAGCUCCUUAAAAAUACACAAAAGAACCCAUACUGGUGAAAAACGUUUUUCCUGCUCAGUUUGUGGUCAAGGAUUCGUUCAAAAACAACACUUGCAAAGACACACAAGAACCCACACUGGCGAAAAACCUUUUUCCUGCUCAGUUUGUGGUCAAAGAUUCGCUCAAAAUCAAGACUUGAAAAUACACACAAGAACCCACACUGGGGAAAAACCCUUUUUCUGCUCAGUUUGUGGUCAAAGAUUCCGUUCCAAUCGCACCUUAAUAACACACACAAGAACCCACACUGGAGAAAAACCUUUUUCCUGUUCAGUUUGUGGUCAUAGAUUCACUAUAAAGGAAAACUUGAGAAUACACACAAGAAUCCACUCUGGGGAAAAACCUUUUUCCUGCUCAGUUUGUGGUAAAAGAUUCACUGUAAAGCAACAGUUAAAACAACACACAAGAACCCAUACUGGCGAAAAACCUUUUUCCUGCUCAGUUUGUGGUCUAAGAUUUAGUUGCAAUUACACCUUAAUAACACACAAAAGGAUCCAUACUGGCGAAAAACCUUUUUCCUGCUCAGUUUGUGGUCAAGGAUUCAUUCAAAAGCAACAAUUGAAAAGACACACAAGAACUCAUACUGGCGAAAAACCUUUUUCCUGUUCAUUUUGUGGUCAAGGAUUCGUAGAAAAGCAAAACUUGAAAAGACACAGAAGAACCCAUACAGGGGAAAAACCUUUUUCCUGCUCAAUUUGUGGUCAAGGGUUCAGUCAAAAGAGUGCCUUACAACUUCACACGAAAACCCACACUUGCGAAAAACCUUUUUCCUGCUCAGUUUGUGCUAAGCGAUUUACCGAAAAGCAAACCUUAAAAAGACAUGUAAGAACCCACACAAGAGAAAAACCUUUUUCCUGCUCAGUUUGUGGUCAAGGAUUCAGUCAAAAGAGUGCCUUACAAGUGCACAUAAGAACCCACACUGGCGAAAAACCUUUUUCCUGCUCAGUUUGUGGUCAAGGAUUCAGUCACAAAAGCACCUUAAAAUUACAUUCAAGAACUCACUCUGGAGAAAAACCUUUCUCCUGUUCAGUUUGUGGUCAAGGAUUCAGUUGCGAGAGCUCCUUAAAAAGGCACACAAUAAAACACACUAGCGAAAAGCCUUUUUCUUGCUGAGUUUGUGGUCAAGGAUUAACCUGGAAGAGACGCAUGUGCUGGGGUGAGAAGCAGUGGCCCGUGACUGAUUGGCCUCUCAUCCAUUCAAGCUUCAUUAGAUUUUGCAGACAGAACGAUUGUAUUCUGUAGAGCAGUGUUGUUUUUGACCGCGUUUAAUUUUCGUCUUAAGUAUUUACAUCCAAAAGACUAUUAGUCUUAGUUAUAUUUGUCAUUUGAGGUCAUCUUCAUCUAAUUUUAGUCGACAGCUACUUAACCUUUUUGUCUUAAAAAUUCAAAAGUUUAUGUCCAAAAAUAAAGGUUUUCAUCAAUUUUGAAUGAACAUAGACAGACAAGCACAUACUGUAGCGUCUAGAAAGGAAAAAAAACAACUUUGUGAUGAUAAUACAUACUCAGCAGGAAAAUAAGAUUAGUACAUUAAUGUCACUCAAACCGACUUACAAGCCACGAACUGUAUGUAAAAAAAAAAAAAAAAAAAAAAAUUUUUUUUUACAAGUGAUUAUUUUGGAGGAUGCUUGCGACCCUAAAGCUGAUUGUAAUGCAAAACUGAAUGCUAUGCUAAUGCAACAAGUUCAUUUGGUGUGUGGUUAUUACGCCAUACAGACUUUAAAAGGCUAAAGCAACACUGAAUAUUCUUUUCUUGCCAAAAUAAAACUAAUCUUACCACGUGUUUCCAAAUUAGGGAGAUGGAGCGCAGCCCAGCUUGAAACACAUAAACUCCAGUGAGGAGCGUGAGGGAAAGGCGCAGCGUGACUGACACGACCUAAACACUGCUACGAUGCAAGCUGACGUACUCCACAUACAAUAUGAAGUUGUCACACUGACUCAAGCAUUGUGAACAUAUUGCUGAAACUAUGUGGCAUUUUGGUCUCAUUGUCUUCUCGUCAGACGAAAACUGGCAUCCGUCUUGUUAUGUUGUAGUCUCCCAAGCCACGUUCUUAGCUCGUCAUUGUCAUGACAUCGUCAUGAUAAUAUCGUUCGUCGACUAAAUAUUUUCGUUAUUGUCUUUGUUAACGAAAACGACACUUGUAGAGCUUCCUCAAAUCCUGUUGAGGAUUGGUACUUUUGGUGCCUUACACAUUCUUUUUCCAAUCUUUUUAUGAUGUGAGUUCACACUAUUGCCAAAAGUAUUGUCUCAGCUGAUUUAACGCUCAAAUGAACCCUUGAAAGUCAUGGAACGCGCCCACGCGUCCUGCGCGCAUGUCAUCUUUGAAGCUUUGUCACAUUGUAAUGACGUCACCCACGUGCCGGUGGUUGGUCUCAUUUAAAAGUGCGGAAGUUGAGGUUCACUUACGUUUUUACUUUAAAUCCACCCACCAAGUAAAAGGGGAAAUAAUGUCAUUUGAGUUUUAUAGUUUUAUUGGCCUCAUAAAUAAACAUUAAAACGCUGCAUGUACUGCAUGUUAAUCACCAUAUUUCCAUCAUUUCUUACCUUUUCUAAACCGAAAGCACCACGAAAGACCAUAAAUACCAGGAGCCGUUGUGAGGUCAUGAAGGACGGCCGUAAUGUCAACAUUUUGAAUAAAUUGCCGAGUGAGGCACCACCGAAGGAGAGGGAGUCGAGGUAGCGAGCGAGAGCCGGUUGGAUUGAGGGAGCGACUAUAAAACGUGCGGAAUGAAUCAAAAACCAAAUUUAGGGUUUAGCUGAUGCAUUAUUUCAUCAACUCGAAGAAGAGGAUGGGCCAGAUUUGUCGUUGGUUUCGUCUAAUGAGUUUGCGAGCCAAGAAGAGAGACAUGUUGACACGAGUGUGCAAACGGAGCGCGGUAGAGAUUUUACUUUCUCUUUUAAUGUGUUGUUGUCGGCAUCAACUGCGGCGGAUAGUAGGCUUGUUGUGUUGCACAAGUUCUGAAAUGAUUAAUAACCUGAUGAAGCUGACCAUUUCUUUGUCGAUAUGACCACAAUAACAAUGGUCUCCUUAUAAAGACUGGGGAUAGGAAGUCGAAGGAGGACCGUCGAGAUCGUAGACAUUCAACGGCCGUAUUGCCGAGCCAGUUCACGGAUGCGCACACCACGCUCAUUUUUUUCCCUUUCAUUCCAUAUUCAUUUCAAUGGUAAGCGUUACAUUUUUUUCACCGCCUGCGCUAACCUUCUUGGAACCAGUGUUGAUUUCUCUCCCAAGAAAAUCCGUCUUACAGCAAAACAAACUGCGGUGCUGUCAUAAAUCGUAUUUCGAGCAUGUCAUCGGAUGUAGAAACAAAUGAGUCAAAUUUUCCAUCUGAUGUUGAAAAGAUUGUGUGUCGAAGCGAUCGUAUAUCGAAGUACAGCUGUACAGUGGUACCUCUACAUACGAAUUUAAUCCGUUCCAGGACCUUGUUUGUAAGUCGAAAUGGUCGUAUGUCGAGCAGGAUUUUCCCAUAGGAAUACAUUAUAAUUCCAUUAAUUCGUUCCAAAGCCUAAAAACAUACACUAAAUUCUUAAUAAAUACUGCUGGCACUGUUACAAAUGGCAAUUAAACAUAGAAAAACAAAUAAGUUAUAAAUAAAUAAGUCAGAAUAAUAUAAUAAUAAGAAGAAGAAUUAAUAAUUAUUCCUGUAAAUAAUGUAACGAAUUGGAUUCUAAUAUGGCGGACACUUUUUACUGUCCCUGAACGCACCGCGAAGGUGACGUCACAGUGAGAUAGGUCGGUGCGGUAGAGAUAAUACUUUCGUUUUCUUGAGAGCAGUCAACUGCUUAAGACAAUGGGCGUUUUGUGUUGGAUAAGUUCUUAAAUAAAUGAUAAAAACGUGACGAAGCUGGCGAUUUCCUUGGCAAUGUUACCACAAUAAUAAUUGUCACCUUAACUUAUAAAUAGUGGCGAACGGUGGUCGGAAGAGGACCAUGGAGCUGUAUUGUUGAGCCAGUUCAGGGACGCGCACCCCAAGCUCAUAUUUUUCUAUAACUUGCAUCUUCAUUUCAAAGGUAAGCAUCACUUUUUUCCUUGUUUCUCCAACUGUAUCAACUUUUUUUGAAAACUGUGUUGAUUUCUCACACAAGAAAAUCCACCGUGUGUUCGUUUGCAGUGCUGUCAUGUCGUCGUAUUUCGAGCAACUCGUCGGAUGUAGAAACAAAUGGCGGCUCAAAUUUUACGUCGGAUGUCGAAAAGAUCGUGUGUCGAAGUGAUCGUAUGUAGAGGUACCACUGUAUAUAUAUAUUUUUUUUUUUCACUAUUUUGUACUGUUGGUCGGCUGUAUAUAACAUGUUUUGACCAUAACGUGUGACGGCAAAAAACUAUGAUUUCUGUUGAAUUAUCAAAUAUAAAAGCAUUUGUAUUAUUUUUCUUUUGGUUGUUUAUCCUAAGAAGUUGAAUAAAUAUUAUCACACUACAAAACAUUUCGUUGAGAAUGUUUGGUUGUCAAUGGGACAUCAAUAUUACAAAUGUUCCAAAAUGUUGAUUAUAAAUGGGUGGUUAAGAAAACAACAGCUUGGACGUGAAAGUUAUGGUGUCCUGUAAAAAAGGACCUACCAGACCAUUGUGAACAAUUUUUUUCUUUGAAGGAUAAAGGCAACAUCAAAGGCAUGCAAAAUUGGACAAAAUGGGACCGGACCUGUAAAGGGUUUGAGUGCCAUUAUAUAUAAUACACUCCUCCUUUCAAACUACACUUUUUACAUAUUUGAAAUAGUAGACCCAAAAUUACAAAAAUUACAAAUCUUUCAUAAAGGAUGUCAUUAAAUAACUAUGGACAAUUAUGAUAUAGACAAGUUUCCUGAGCAAAACAUGGGCGGCGCCAUCUUUGAUCAUUUCUGCUCCGAACUUCUGGUUUAGACAGAACAACAUGAAGUGCGGCUGAAGUAAGCAAUGUGUUGCGUAAAAAUGGCAAAAUUAAACCAGAGGAACCCACAGAAUCACCAAAAAUGGGUUAAGCACGACGUAGAUGAGACUCUGAGACUUUGCUGUGCUGUGCGUGAACUCCUGGAAGUGCCUAUAUGUAUGGUUGGAAUUGGAAUGUUUUAAACGGCGUCCAGCUUUAAAGAGCCAGUAUGGAUCUACCUCGCCGGCCACUUGAGUGACCAAAAUGAGGUGAAAUUACAAAUAAUAUUACAGUUGCCGAAUGCAGAAAGGGUGACACGGAUUUUGUUGUUACAAGGUGUGGUGGCUACCACUACCACCACAAUUUAGUAUUUCAAGAUUUAGUUAAUGACUUAUGUGAUAUUUUUUGGGCAUAUAUUUUCGAAUGGAUGCACACUUUAGUUAAUAUUUGAAUGUUUAGUGGAUUUUGAUUUCUAAUUUGAGGUAACGACCGCAGCUGGGUGGGGAGAAUACUUCGAAGACCUCCUCAAUUCCGCCGACACGCCUUCCUUUGAGGGAGCAUAGUCUGGGGACUCCAAAGUGGGCUCUCCGAUCUCUGGGGUUGAAGUCACUGAAGUGGUUGGAAAGCUACUCGGUGGCAAGGCCUCGGGGGUCGAUUAGAUCCGCCCAGAGUUCAUAAAGGUUCUGGAUGUUGUGGGGUUGUCAUGGCUGACACGCCUCCAAAACAUCCUGUGGACAUCUGGGACAGUGCCUCUGGAUUGGCAUACCGGGUUGGUGGUCCCCCUUUUUAAGAAGGAGGACCGGAGGGUGUGUUCCAAUUAUAGAGGGAUCACACUCCUCAGCCUCCCUGGUGAAGUCUAUUCAGGGGUACUGGAGAGGAGGGUCCGUCGGGAAGUCGAAUCUCUGAUCCAGGAGGAGCAGUGUGGUUUUCGUCCCGGCCGUGGAACAGUGCACCAGCUCUACACCCUCGGCAGGAUUCUCGAGGGUGCAUGGGAGAUGGCACAACCAGUCUACAUGUGUUUUGUGGAUCUGGAGAAGGCGUUCAACCAUGUGCCUGUGGGGGGUGCUCCGGGAGUACUGGGUACUGAGCCCCUUGGUCAGGGCUGUUCGGUCCCUGUACAUCCGGUGUCAGAGUUUGGUCCGCAUUGCCGGCAGUAAGUCGAAUUCGUUCCCAGUGAGGGUUGGACUCCGCCAAGGCUGCCCUUUGUCACCGAUUCUGUUCAUAAUUUUUAUGGACAGAAUUUCUAGGCGCAGCCGACGCGUUGAGGGGUUCCGGUUUGGUGACCUCCGCAUUGCAUCUCUGCUUUUUGCAGAUGAUGUGGUGCUUUUGGCUUCAUCAGGCCAUGGCCUCCAACUCUCACUGGAGCGGUUCGCACCUGAGUGUGAAGCGGUUGGUAUGAAGAUCAGCACCUCCAAAUCCUAGACCAUGGUCCUCAGUCGGAAAAGGGUGGAGUGCCCUCUCCGGGUCGGGGAUGAGAUCCUGCCCCAAGUGGAGGAGUUCAUGUACCUUGGGGUCUUGUUCAUGAGUUAGGGUAGGAGGGAGCGGGAGAUCGACAGGCGGAUCGGUGCAGUGUCUGCAGUAAUGCGUACUCUGCACCGGACCGUAGUGGUGAAGAAGGAGCUGAGCCGAAAGGCAAAGCUCUCGAUUUACCAGUUGAUCUACGUUCCUACCCUCACCUAUGGUCACGAGCUGUGGGUCGUGACCGAAAGA